UUCAUCUCUCUCAUCAUCCACUCUCUCUCUCUCUCCCUCUCUCUGCGUACAAUACCUCAACCCACAGCCAAAAAAGCCCUACCCACUUUCUCUUUUCUCUCCCACGAGUUGUCAACAAUGGCGGAUGCAGUACCCUUGAAGCGCCAGAGAGAAGAAACUGAUCAGACCCAUGUUGAAGAUGAAGUUGUUGAAGAGAAUAAAAGACAUAAGUCCUACACCCAUAUCCUCUCCUUGCUUGAUGCAGAAGAGGAUGAGCCUAACCAGGACUUGUCUUCUCUCAUCACUACUCUUCAACAAGAACUCUCUUCAGAAUCCGACUUUGACCACACGUUCCCAUGUCCUCCUUCGGCGAAUCCUACCACCACUCCCGCCUCUUCCUCUUCUUCGUGCUCCAACGAGGAAGAUGACAGGGAGAGAGUUAUAAGGCAUUUGCUUGAAGCGUCUGAUGACGAGCUUGGAAUCCCCAACAGAGAUGGUACUGAUGUAGUUGGCGAACAAGGGUUUGUUUUCAACGGAGAUGGAGAUGGGUUUUCAGCUCCGUUUUGUGAUGGUUUAUGGGAGCUUGAAGAUGAAGCUGCUAACUACUACGCCUUGCUGCAAUCUGAGCUGUUCAUGUAGCCAUGGCGGAGGACUUAAAAUAGGAAAAUGACGAAAAACAUUAGGGUUAAAUAGGGAAACAAAGAAGCUAAAAUCUGAAGAAGAAGAAGAAGAAGAAGAAGGAGUGAGAAGAAAUGAAGCUUAUUUUUGUGUAUUCAUUUUAAUGCCCUCAUCUUUUGUCAAAAUUUCAAAAAUGUC